AUGGCUCUUCUGAUCUUUCUGCUCAUGAGUGCAGACUCUGUAAUCAGCUCUUUCAUGCAUCAUGUUUCAGGAGCUUUUGGAACAGAGUGGAGUGUGAAGUACAACCAACAGGAAAUCUGUGCUUUAAAAGGAUCCACAGUGUUUAUGAACGGAACUUUUACUCCCCCAGAAAAUCACACAGUGAAUGAGACUUUCUGGACUAUAGACCCAUAUAUGAUUUUUGAUCUGAUUAAAGACCCAGUUUAUUCAUGCAGAGUCGAGUAUUUAAAUGAUGAUCAGAAACACUUCUCCCUCAAACUGAGUGAUGUAGUGAAGAAGGAUGAACAUCAGUUCUGCUUCAGAAUCAACGCCAAUGAAGAAAAUGAAAAGGCUUUCGGUUAUCCGGGAGUUCAGCUCAGAGUUACAGAAUUACAUGUAGAAGCUCCUGAAGAAGUGACCGAGGGAGAAACAGCAGAUCUGACAUGUAAGACCACCUGCAGUCUGACUGACCCAUUCAUCUGGUACAAAAAUGGACGUCCUUUAACCACAAAGACCAUCAAGAACAACCAGCUCCACCUGCAGACGGUCAGCAGUGAGGAUGCAGGCAGUUAUAGCUGUGCUGUAGGAGGAUCUCAACACCUCCGCUCUACUGCUCACAGCCUCAGAGUCAGAUACUACUCUGUGAUUCUGUAUGCAACUUCUGCACUCGGAAUUUGCGGGGUUGCAGCUGUUCUUACUGUAGUUCUCUGGAUACGAAGGAAGAGGCAGACCAGAGAUGUGAAUAAACCAGACUAUGCGGAUGGAUUUGCUAAUUCACCGGGAAACUGCUCAAUGGUGACAAAGAGUCUGGACAAACAGAAUAUAAACGCCAACUCCAACCAAUCGGAUUCAGUCUACGAGAGCAUAAAUCCAAACUCCAACCAAUCGGAUUCAGUCUACCAGAGCCUAAAUCCCAACCCCAACGAAUCGGAUUCAGUCUACCAGAGCCUAAACCCCAUCACCAACCAAUCGGAUUCAGUCUACCAGAGCCUAAAUCCCAACUCCAACCAAUCGGAUUCAGUCUACCAGAGCCUAAACCCCAACACCAACCAAUCAGAGUCAGUCUACCAGAGCCUAAAUCCCAACCCCAACCAAUCGGAUUCAGACAGGGAUCACCGGGACCUACCCCUGGAGCCAGGCCUGGGGUUUGUGUCCCUUGGCGAGCGCCUGGUGGCCGGGCAGCCCACAGAGGCAACCUAG